AAUGGCGAGUUGGAAUUUCUUGGUCGUGAUGGCGAUAGCUUUUGCUUUGGCUCACGGUGCGCACUCUAGGAAGGUGCCGGAAGAGGAGGCACGCCUGAGAUCCGAGAAACCGGCCGCUGGCCCGGCAGCCGGCGUCGAAGAGCAGAAGAAUUUUAUGUCGUUCGACGGGCCUGGCGUUUUCGCCGGCAUCGGCGGACUCGGUGGUUUCGGCGGCGUGCCCUUUUUCAGAGACAUCGGCGGCCUUGGCGGUGGCGGGUUGGGAGGAGGAACGGGACUUGGUGGACUGGGAGGAUUGGGUGGCCUCGGUGGUGGGAGCGGAGCAGGAGGAGGAGGCGGCGGCGCCGGGGAGGGAGGUGGACUUGGGCACCAUGUGGGUUUAGGUGGUGGACGGGGUCAUCAUGGCAGCGGUGGAGGAGGAGGAGGUGGCGGCGGCGGCGGCGGUUGCCGGAGUCCAUGA